UGGAAAGCGCUCGGGAAAGACACGCUGCCAUUACCGCAACCCCCAAGAUUCACUAUUGGAACGUUGUGGGAUCUCCGCCGGGGUUCCGCCCAGAGCUUCCACGGUGGCUCAUUCAGGCUCGCCCAAACAAGACCAUCAAAACCUCACCCGCAGAAAGCCGUCCACAUUAUCGGAUCAAUCAUCCUUUCGCCCGACCCGGACACUUCUCCGCGAAACAGCAUUAUCCGAAUCUCUGCCUUUUUGGCAAAGCACCUGGUUCAUAGCGCUGCUCUUGUUCAUGGCACUGUCUCUCUUCUCUCUGGCCAUCUUUCUCUUCCUCACCAUCGACUCCGAUUUCAGCUCCACCCCUGUAUCCGCUGCUUCCGAAGGUGUUCAGAUCACUUAUGGCUCAACAAUCAAGUUGAUGCACGAAAAGACUAAGUACCGUUUGCAUUCGCAUGACGUGCCAUAUGGUUCUGGCAGUGGGCAGCAAUCAGUCACUGGGUUUCCUGGUGUGGAUGAUGCCAACAGCUACUGGAUUGUUAAAGCGGUUCUGGAUUCAUCUGCAAAGCAAGGUGAUGCUAUUAAAACAGGAACUAUUAUCAGACUGCAGCAUAUGAGGACAAGGAGAUGGCUGCACAGCCACUUGCAUGCAUCUCCAAUUUCCGGAAAUAUGGAGGUUAGCUGCUUUGGUGAUGACAAUGAGUCUGAUACCGGGGACUACUGGAGACUUGAAGUUGAGGGAAAUGGAAAAACAUGGAGGCAAGAUCAAAGCGUCAGGCUGCAUCAUGUGGACACUGGAGGGUAUCUACACAGUCAUGACAAAAAGUAUACCCGCAUUGCUGGAGGCCAGCAAGAGGUUUGUAGUAUAAGAGAAAAGCGACCUGAUAAUGUUUGGCUGGCAGCAGAAGGGGUGUAUCUCCCGGUUACUGAAAGCAAGUGAUGAAUAUGUUACAAAGAUGUCUUAGCAUGACUGAAAGCUGUCGUGUAUCUUUUUCCAUUUAUGAAAGAGGUCAUCACACUGUUUUGUACGGUAUACCAUACCAAGUGUUUCAGUUUUGCUCUCCCUUUCAAAUGCAUUUCACUCUGCUCAUUUUUCAUAAUGUUAUUAUGCAUCAGGGCGCUAUUGUAAAUGAUUUAUGUUCAUUUUGAGGCAACUAUCUUUGUUAAACUUUGGUCUUUUAACUCGUUUGGUAUGCAAGCCUUGCUAUAGGGCUUUCUAUUCUGACUAUGAAAUGAAUCUGAUGCGAUGACCACGUGAUACUGAUGUUAAUCUUUUUCUUCUUUGCUGUUGAUAUAACAAGAUAAUAGUUUCAUGGUAA